AUGUGCCUCGUUGAAACAGUCUACGGCGGCUGCGGCCAUAAAAUCGGCGGAGAAAUUGAGCCCUGCUCAAAGGCAGUGUACCCAAACCCAUGCGAUAACGCGACCACGGGAGAAAAGAGAUUGGAAAUCAUGUGUUCCGGAUGCCGCAGGUAUUAUGGCUGCGAUGUAAAACCGAAACCGAAGAGCGCGGAGGCUCAUAGUGAACCUAAGGAAGGCGAGAGUAAGGAGAGCAAAUUGUGUUAUUAUGCGUGA